GGAUGUAAACACUGAUAGGCGGAGUCUGAAAGGCGGUGCCACCUCCCUCUUGUUUUACAUCUGUCCACUCACAAUGCCGGCCUACCAUUGCAAUAUGCCCCAUCCAGGGGUAAUUGUGGGUAACAUGGCAAUGCUUCCAAUAAGAACCAAGUACAGAGGACCUGCUCCCCUCAUGACCAGUGAAGGAAUUGAUGUCAUUGAUGAAGCCUUGCAAUUUUUCAAGGCUAAUGUCUUCUUUCGUACAUAUGAAGUUAAGGGUGAGUGUGACCGAACCUUAAUCUAUGUGACACUUUACAUUACUGAGUGCCUCAAGAAACUGGCAAAGUGCAAGGACAAGAACAUGGGUUUGAAUGAAAUGUAUUCCCUGGCUCUUUCCAAGUUCCCCAUUCCUGGAGAACCAUCUUUCCCCCUCAAUGCAGUUUAUGCUAAACCCAAGAAUGAUCAGGAUUUAGAAAUGAUGCAGCAAUACCUCCAGCAGUUGCGGCAAGAGACUGGCUUGCGAGUGUGUGAGCGAGUGUUCAACACCCCUGACGGCAAGCCCUCCAAGUGGUGGCUGUGCUUUACCAAGAAGAAGUUCAUGGAUAAAUCCCUUUUAGCCCCAAGUGCUUAGGUUUAAGGUCAUUAAGGGCUUUAGCUGAAGAAAAUGGAGUGCUUUUGGUACAAGGACUCUGUUUAAGGUAUCUGAAUGCAUACAAAGGAAGAUAAUUAGUGCCAAGAGAGUUGUCUCAGACACAACAGUGUCUGUUUGUAUGUAAUUUAACUGGACUGGGAACAUACUUCAUUUGAUAAAUCACAUUUCCAUCCAUGUUUCUGCAUCUAAAAUAGUUGGGGAUUUUCCGUGCCAGGUUGAGCAAGCUGGUUAUUGAAAUGACUUUUUUAUGUCAAGCUUCCCUCUUUAUUAAUUUUCUAGUGUAAGAGAUGUGAUAUUGAAACAUCAUAUUUAUUGGUUGUUCAUUUGAUGAAUCACACCAUAUGUCUGCAAAGUGAAUCCAGUAGUGAUUACUUAUUAUCAUUAUUAGAUAAGAAAAUCUUGAUUUCAGAUGUCUAUAAAGAUUAUUUUAAAAAACAAGUAUUGUUGAUUGUUUGAGUAUUGAUCUACUUAGAAUUGAAUGAUUAUAAUGUAUCAUUUAUUCUGAUUAUUAAGCCCCACAUAUGCACAAUUGGUUUUUUAUUUUGCAGUGAUGUCAAUAAAAGGAAAUUGGUAAGAAAAUGCGCAUACAAUAGAAAUGUUUGUUAAAAGUCUUAAUAUUUUGAGUUUAUACAAUAUACAAACCAAAGUGUUAUUAUAAGAGUUACUGUGUUGAAUUCUUAAAGAAAAACAAAAUAAAAA